CUCCGUUCCUUGUUGCUGUGCCUGUGUUUCUAGAUCAUAAGAAAGGAAAGCCAAGAUCGCUUCUUGAUCCUUCGACUGGCUCCCCUUCGACUUCCCUCCGCGUCGGACUUUCUUCGGCGCUUCUCGGCCGCCCGGCUUGGCAAGGGUUACAGUCAACGGGGCGGGAUUCCUAGAGAGGACGGGAAAGGCAGGCGGAGCCGGAAGCCCCCCUCCGCGUCUCUUCCGGCCUGGCCGGCGACCCUCCGGUGAGUCUCUCUCUUGGCCCCGGGAAGGAGGCGGCGGGGCCGGGGCGCCGGGGGAGGCCUGGCCGCAGGGAGACGCCGGGCGAGGAAGAGCUUCCCGCAGGUGUCUUCCGAAAGCCAGAGAGCUGCUUCUUUCCUCGGCCUCUGGCGGGAGGGCGGGUGGUCAGCCAAAAUGGCCCUUCUUCCCUUCUGGGGGACCCAGGAGGCUUAAGUGGGUUCCCUGUUGGUGGGAGGAAAGAACAGAGGCCAAGCGGAGAAGAUUGAGGCGCAAAGCGGCUAGUAGGCCUGAUCUUGAUGGAUCUGCUGCAACUGGGUCCUCGCUGCCACACGCAGGAAAGGAGGAGGAACCCAGAGCAAUGGCGCGCAAGCCCCCCUGUAGAUCAAGACCACCCCCAGAAACAUCAUACCUACAUCACAGAAAAGGUGGUCUAAAACAGAAAUUGGAAUGUUGUUUUUCCUGUUUGCCGGGUUAUCUGAUUGCCUUUCCUGAUAGUCUGUCACCCAUGAAAAUGCUGAUUACUCAAUUCCUGAGACAAUGGGAAGGCUCCCUGACUUGCAGGGAAAACAUUUGGUCAGUUUGGGAAUCAAAAUGGUUCCAGGUCGGUCUUCCUGCGCUGAUCUAUGUAGGUGCUUGGUUGGUACACUUAUGAACAUUACCAUAUAUCUAAGACCUCAAAAUUCCUAUCACAGGCGUUCCACAGGGCGGGCGCCACCGCCGAGAAGUCCAGCCACUGCCUUGGCAGCCCUGUUUCCUCCGGAGCCUUUUCUUCUGACAAGAUCCUGCAAGGCAGUGGAGGUGUAGAAGGAGAGUUCUCCUCCGGGACGGGCUCCCUUUCCUCCACAGCACUUGCAGAAACCACCUUCUGGGCCGUCGGACCCGCUGUUGGUCUUGUCUGCUGAAUCUGCUGGAGCCUCUCUUCGUCCGCUCGGGAAGUCCCAAACUCACGGAGGGUUCAAGACCCACUGGUUUCCCUCACCUGCCUUAGCUGGCCAGGUGAAGCCAUUCCCGGGAUUGUGGCCCCUGUCGCAUGCUGGCAGCUCCUAGAAGGCGUGGGCGAGAGUUGGGUGCAGGGUAGGGACCAAAGGUAGGCCAGGUACCCCAGAAGGAGCAUGACGGGUCCCCUGCCAGAGGUUCUGCCCCUCCCCUAAUACCCCAUAAACCCUAGAACAAGGAUCAUAGGAAUAACCGAGGAUACAAAGAAGUCUUUGAGUCUCCUGAGUCUUCAUGUUAUUUGUAUAUAACAAAAAUAGCACAAUAAAUGUGCAAGAAUAUCUUCAGCAUGUGGUUUAUUACUAGUGGUCAAUAUAUGAGUUCUUGAUUCGUGAAUUGGUUUAAACAGAAACAAAACGGCAUGUUGUGGAGGCUUUAGGUGAGAUUCCUCCAUUGCACGGAGUUGGACUAAAUGACCAUCAGGGUCCCUUGCAACUCUGAUUCUAUCAAAUGGGAGAUAGGAUAGAACAGAGUUAACAGAUAAUGUUCUAGGGCUGGGUGAUGUCUAGUUUUCAACAUUGUAAUAUAUCAUACGGAUAUAUCACAGUGUCUGAAAUAAGCCGGGAACUGUGGAGAAGCAAAUGAAAACUAGCAACUGCUACUACUUAGGGGUCUAAAACGGAUACAUUUUUAAUUACCUUUAGCAUAUUGCAGCAGUUAUUUAAUAGGACAUAUAAUUUUAAAAUUAGCACAUUUUCUCUAACGCUGUAGAAGUAAUAAGUAGCAUAGAUAUCAAAGGUAAGGUAAGAGAAUGUUCCCCCCAAAAUUAAUGACAUUACUAAACAAGAAAAAAACAAAUUAUCUGUCACACUUUUAGAUGUUAAAAUAUUAUUCACUAUUGAGUCUUAAUUGAAUUUGUAUAUACAUCCCACAACACCAGUUAUUUGAUUGUUUGCUAAUUUUCUUUUAUAAACCAGUACAAACUAGAAAGAAUGGACAAAAUUUCACCAAACAAAAAUGUAUUAAAUAAGAUGCUUAUAUUUUGCCAGGAAAAUGUGCAUUUUGGUGUUCUCUGGCAACUGAGAGACACACAGAAGGGGAGAGGGGAGGAAAGAGGCUUGAACAACAGGACAAAGUUUAUUUUAUUUUAUUAACAUAAGUAAUAGCCUGCGAGGAGGGAUGUGGGUGGCGCUGUGGGUUAAACCACAGAGCCUAGGAGUUGCCUAUCAGAAGGUUGGCGGUUCGAAUCCCCACGACGGGGUGAGUUCCUGUUGCUCGGUCCCUGCUCCUGCCAACCUAGCAGUUCGAAAGCACGUCAAAGUACAAGUAGAUAAAUAGGUACCACUCCAGCAGGAAGGUAAACGGUGUUUCCGUGCACUGCUCUGGUUCGCCAGAAGCGGCUUAGUCAUGCUGGCCACAUGACCCGGAAGCUGUACGCCUGCUCCCUCGGCCAAUAAAGCAAGAUGAGCGCCGCAACCUCAGAGUCGGUCACAACUGGACCUAAUGGUCAGGGGUCCCUUUACCUUUAAUAGCCUGAGAAGUAAUAACCCCAGUUUCUUUUUCCAUUGGACUAGCUGCUGCUUCCAAGAGAGCUCCGACUGAGGGCAGCAGCCAUUCAAAGGACAGGGCUGGGCAGCAACCAGGAAAGGGCUUGGGGGAGGCAAGGAGGAAAGGGCUUCUUGCUCUGGCAAGGCUUCUAGCGAAAGUCGGGGAUCAGGAGACGCCUGCAGGCAGAGAGCCUAGAGAAGGAGCAAGGAAGGGAGCAAGAGGCUCCCAGCAAGAAGCCCAGAGCCGCCUCGGACCAGCAUCUCCCUCCGCCACUUACCAGCCUGGCACAUGCAUUGAAAACAAGAAGCUCAUGGUGUCUCUGUUCCUGAGGAAAGUUCCUGGAUGGCUGCUUUCUUCAGCACCUGCUCUUCUGGUUUGCUUCCCCUUGCAGGAGGCAGGGAAGCGCUGAGGUGGCAGAGCAACAGGGGCGGCAGGAAUCACGAAAAGCAAUGACCAGCUUCAUAGUUUUCCCCACAUGGUUACUUUUUACAUAGGGCCAGCUCGCAUUGUGAUUCAUGAUAUAUUGCCACGUUGAAUGUUAUGAAACUGUUACCAUGAUGUGGACUUCAGGCUGGUUUUGGAUGAUGUGCCGAUAUAUCACCCAGCCCUAGUCUGGAGCCCUUGUGGUUGUGCUUAGAUUAAGUAAGAGUAAUGGUGGAACGGAUUCCCUCAAGAGGUGCUGGGCCCCUUCCUGGGAAGCUUUGAAGCAGAGGUUGGAGUGCCAUGGAUGCUUUAAUUGAGAUUCCUGCAUUGCAGAGGGUUGGACAAUAAUCCUCAGGGUCUCUUCCAAGUCUGUGAUUGUAUGUCGCUAGUAUUAUUUAUCAGUUGUUGUAGUUUUAUUUCAGUAUUGAUUGUUGAAUGCUAAAUUGGCUUCUAAGCAGUUGACAAACAAUAGUAAACAUUGGCCAGGGUGCACCCGAUCAGCUCCAUCAAUUGCACAAUGAGGGUUCCCCCCUAAAGCAGCGCACAGGGAGAAAAGAACGCAACGUGGAGCUCUAGCCAGUUACACAAAGAUUUCAAUCAUUAAAAUACACAAUAAAAUUAUUCCAUUAAAAUGUUAAAUAAGCAUUUUAAAUAAUUAAAAUGUGCAGCAAAACAAUCCCAUUAAAACAACGCAGCAAAGAACAGGCAGAAAACAACAGAGCAAAGUAUAGUAGAUAAUUUUUAUGCUAUCUAAGACGAAGACCUUUUUCUUUUAGGGUGCAGUGUGUUUUGAAGAUGUAGCUGCUUGUUUCACGGACGAGGAGUGAGCGUUGCUGGAUCCUGACCAGAGAGCUCUGCCUAAGGAAGUCAUGGAGGAGACUCGUGGGAUCUUGGACUCUCUCGGUAAGGCUCCGUUGGAUCAUAAUAUCUGUUUUUAAAUUCAAGACAUAUAUCUAUGUGAUGAACUUCCCACCUACAGAAUCUGGGAUUCUAACACCCCACCAGCUUACCUUGAAUGGAAGGCUACCUACCGCUUUUCUGUGAAUAUUCUUCCUCCGGUUAUGCCUUUUUAAUCAUGAUCAGGCUGAACUUCCUAGGCCUUUUAAAAUAUAGACUGCAGAGUUGAUGGGGAAGUGGAAGUAGCUUUUGUCAGGUUUUUUCUUUUUGCUUCCAUCAGUUUUUGGUUGACCAAAGAGACAAUUGACACUGGAGAUGGAGCGGAUUUCAUGAGCCAAACAAAAUCCAUCCCAGGAACGAGCCAGACUUUUCAAAUCUCAGGUUCCUAUAAAUAGGUCAGUGAAUGCCAGUCAAAAAAGGCAGUGAACCCUGGAGUACAGAGCUUUCCAAACUUUUCAUGUUGGUGACACAUUUUUUAGACAUGCAUCAUUUUGCAACACAGUACAUUGGUACAUCAGGUUAAGUACUUAAUUCGUUCCGGAGGUCCGUUCUUAAGCUGAAACUGUACUUAACCUGAAGCACCACUUUAGCUAAUGGGGCCUCCUGCUGCUGCCGCGCCGCCAGAGCACGAUUUCUGUUCUCAUCCUGAAGCAAAGUACUUACCUGAAGCAUUAUUUCUGGGCUAGCAGAGUCUGUAACCUGAAGCGUAUGUAACCUGAAGCGUAUGUAACCUGAGGUACCACUGUAAUUCAGUUUUGCAUCAUUUCAUGACACAGUAAUUCAGUUUUACAAGCAACUAACCCCUUUCCAGCCCCAGGAGGAGCGUGGGGUGAGUUUGUGCGAAAGAGCUACACACUGUAGUUGACACGCUAAUGUGUCGCAAAACACAGUUUGGAAAGCUCUGUAGUAAGACCUCACGACUAAUGCCCUCAGUUCUUCCUCUAUCACAAGUGUUCAUUAGCAUUGUUCAAUAAUUUGGGGCUCCAUUUCUUCCUGAGGCUCUAAUCGGUUUCUCUCCUCGUUGCAGAAGGUGAUGAAUUGGAAAUAAAGAAGGGAGGCCACCACAAAAUCUGCACAGUGGAGAGGCCGUGUGGAGCGAACUUCAGCCAGAGCUCCCAUAUCACUUCCCAUCGAAUAAAUCCUACUGGGGAGAAGCCCUAUCAGUGCUUGGAAUGUGGAAAGAGCUUAAGUAGUAAAGCAAGGCUCUUUUCCCAUCAAAGAAUUCAUACAGGGGAGAAGCCCUAUCAGUGCUUGGAGUGUGGAAAGAGCUUUCGUGUGAGGACCCAUCUCAUGACCCAUCAAAGAAUUCAUACAGGGGAGGAACCAUACCAGUGCUUGGAAUGUGGAAAGAGCUUUAAAGUUAGCGGAAACCUCCGUGAACACCAGAAGGUUCACACUGGGGAAAAACCAUAUCAGUGCUUGGAAUGUGGAAAGAGCUUCCGUGAGAGGGCCCAUCUUACAACCCAUCAAAGAAUUCAUACAGGGGAGAAGCCCUAUCAGUGCUUGGAAUGUGGAAAGAGCUUAGGUAGUAAAGCAAGGCUCUUUUCCCAUCAAAGAAUUCAUACAGGGGAGAAGCCCUAUCAGUGCUUGGAGUGUGGAAAGAGCUUUCGUGAGAUUACCAAUCUCAUGACCCAUCAAAGAAUUCAUACAGGGGAGGAACCAUACCAGUGCUUGGAAUGUGGAAAGAGCUUUAAAAUUAGCGGAAACCUCCGUGAACACCAGAAGGUUCACACUGGGGAAAAACCAUAUCAGUGCUUGGAAUGUGGAAAGAGCUUCAGUAACAGCAGCUACUUCACUUCCCACCUAAGAAUUCAUACUGGGGAGAAACCGUAUCAGUGCUCAGAAUGUGGAAAGAGCUUCCGACAGCGGUCCAAUCUUACAGCCCACCAGAUAAUUCACACAGGGGGGAAACCAUAUCAUUGCUUGGAAUGUGGGAAGGGCUUCCGUGUGAGGUCCUCUCUCACAGCACAUCAAGUAAUUCAUACAGGGGAGAAACCAUAUCAGUGCUCAGAAUGUGGGAAGAGCUUUAACAGUAGCGCAAACUUAUAUCGGCAUCAGAAAAUUCACCGUGGGGAGAAACCACAUCAGUGCUUGGAAUGUGGGAAGGGCUUCAGUGAGAGGUCCACUCUCAAGGCCCAUCAAGUAAUUCAUACAGGGGAGAAACCAUAUCAGUGCUUGGAAUGUGGAAAGAGCUUCAGUGUGAAGGCCAAUCUCUCAGCCCAUCAAAGAAUUCAUACUGGAGAUAAACCAUAUCAGUGCUUUGAAUGCGGAAAGAGCUUUAAUACAAGCACAAACCUCCAUAGUCAUCAAAGUAUUCACCGUGGGGAGAAACCAUUUCAGUGCCAAGAGUGUGGAAAGAGCUUUCUGCGGAAGUGCGGUUUCACUUCUCAUCAAACAAUUCAUACAGGGGAGAGACCAUUUCAGUGUUUGGAAUGUGGAAAGAGCUUUAAGACAAACGCAAACCUCCAUAGUCAUCAAAGUAUUCAUCGUGGGGAGAAACCAUUUCACUGCCAAGAGUGUGGAAAGAGCUUUCUGCGGAAGCGCGGUUUCACUUCUCAUCAAAGAAUUCAUACAGGGGAGAAACCAUUUCAGUGUUUGGAAUGUGGAAAGAGUUUCAGUCGGAAGGACAAUCUCUUGACCCAUCAAAGAAUUCAUAUAGGGGGGAAACUAUAGGUUAAGGGUUGUUGUUUUACAUCUUUAUUGGUUUUUCUGUUGAUUUACAACCACCCUUUUCAUACACGUCAACAUUCACUAUAAAUAAUUGAAAUCUCAACAUUCCACCAUUGAACAUGUAUGCAUAAACAAAAAAUAAAAUAAAUAUGUUACUUAUCUACUGAACGUUGUUACUUUGUUUGCAUUGGACUUCCUUCCACGUCUUACUAGGGUCCAUAGAAUUCUUUGUUGUAUGCCUUUCCAGUUGUAUCUAAUCUUCUAUUUACCGUUUCUACUGGUUAUCUUUACAAGAGUCAAUCUAGCCCAGUCAAAAAAUUUAAAUCGGCGCAGUAAUCUUUCAGAUAUUUUUAAAAAUUACUCCAAUUGCUGUUAACUUUUUGGUACUCUUGGUCUCUUAACUGCCCUGUCAGCUUAUCCAUCUCCACAUAUUCCAUCAGUUUCGCUUGCCAGUCCCUCUUCGUUGGUAUUAUUAGGGCGUACAUAAAUAACUUCUUCAGAUCUUUGGGGAUCUCAUCCACAAUGAUUCCUAGAAGGAAAGCUUCUGGCUUUUUUGGAAAUGAUAAUUUAAACAUCUUUUUUAAACUCAUUGUAGAUUGUAUCUCAGAAUUCUCCUAUUUUUUUACAUCACCAUACAUGAUCCAUUGCUCCUACUGCUUCGUUACAUUUCCAACAUAACUACUUCAUAAUGUGAUUAUGGAACAUUCAGAAAGUAUAAAACACCUAAGGUCAAUAGAUUCAUCAACUUAAAAGGCAAAUAUAGAAUUCUUCAUACUAUCAGAAAGAUGCUUCCUGAAGAUUAGUUGACAUAUCAGCUUUUCUUCUGUGAAUUGCGUCAUCAGACAAGCAUUUCCAUCAUUAUCCAACAAUUUUUUCACAAACCGCAGGCAGGCUUAAUAAUCCCCCCCCCACCUAUUGUAUGUGGUCUUGUCUGUUAAGCAAUGAGUUCAGUCACUUUGUAAGAUAUAAUCUGCAUCUUAUCUGAGACUUUUACUUGUUUAUUGAAAUAUGAUUGCUGGUAUUCCUGCUUUUCCAAAAGCCUUUCAAAAUUUUGAACAUAUUUGUUUGCCAGAUUUUCAUGUUUUGACAGCAGAUGUCUUUAUAUUGCUCGGGGUUGUCAUGAAGGUGUAGUAUGAAUGUUAGGCCCAAAAGAAAAUGGAGAAUUCGCAAAGCAUGAUAUGCUGGCAAGUGUAGCGAGAAAUUAGUUUGAUCAAAGAGGAAUGUAUGACUGUGGUGUUGUUUACUGAAAGCAAAAAGCCCCAGACAAAAACAGGGAGGAACUGGCAAUGGGCCACGGACAUGAGAUAAAGGCCUAGGACACACUGUAUGUUCUGAGGUGCAGCUGCAGAGGCAACUUGGUGGUGGUCCAGGAGGAGAGCAGAAGAAGAGCGGUGGAGAUUCAAUCCUUCUCCAAGCCAGCCCACAGAUGGCAAUGGGGGAAGAAGGCUAUAAAAAGGACUCUCUGCAUGCCCUCAGUGUGCCGGGACUAUGCCACAGCUGGACACCCACAGCUCUUGCGUGAGGCAUGAUCAACCCACGUGAAGGGCCUUGUGAGUAUGGGUGAAUGAACUGUGAAUGUUUGAACCUCUUGGUACCAAUGUAUUCAAGUAUACCUGACUAUGUGAAAUAAAUGUUGCAUGAAAGGUGUGUAAACCCAG